AUGGUUGGCAUCCCGCGCAGCAGCAGCUGUCGCGAGUGUCUUCAGCGUCGCGUCAAAUGUGAUCGCACCCACCCAGAAUGCGUCCGCUGUCUAACACGCGGGGUCCGCUGCCCGGGCUACCGCAAGGUCCUGAAGUUUUACAACCGAACCCCCAGCACGAGCGACUUCGUCGACGCGCGAGCAUUCGAAAACCCCGAUAAAGCAAAUCCGUCCUCCAGUUCGUCCUUUUCCUCUACCUGCCUAGUCCACGCCCGCUCCCGCGCAAGCACACCAAUCGACUCAUCGCUCGUGCCCAAUCUCACCCGCCAAGCGCUCGACCUGCAAGCAAAAGAAGUCUUCGAAUACGUGAUCAUGACUACCUUCCCGCUAACCUUCACCCACUUCGCACCGCGCCUCGACCCAAACUGGCUCGAGUUCAUCCGCCACCACCAGCUCGCGCAAACCGAGCCAGUCGAGCGCGCAAUGCGUGUGCUCAACCUGUGGUAUUUAGGCGUGAAGCACGACGACGCAUCCAUAAUCGACCACAGCCGCUACGCAUAUGGCGGCGCACUGCGCUCUCUGGCGCGCUUAAUCGCGAACCCGAAAACGAGGACGGCAGAUGUUACACUAGCGACGGCGAUUAUGCUUGCUGUGUUUGAGAUGUUGGAUCCGCUGACGCCGCACUCGUGGCUCGUUCAUAGCGGGGGGAUUGGCAGGUUGAUAAAGCUACGGGGGGCCGGGGUUCAUGCAACCGGAUUUGCGAGGACGAUGUUGGUGACCAUCCGGUCAUUUUUGCUCGCCGAUGCGUUUGUGCGUCGGGAGUCCUCGUUCCUCGGCGGAGAUGACUGGCGCGAGGCGAAUGAGGAGGCGAGUGCGCUUGAGUUUCGGGCUGGGAAGGGGAGCUGGAUUGGGAGGGUUCUGGAUUUGGUGUUUAACGAGAUUAGUCUGGGGCCGGGACUUUGGGCUGAUGCCACGGCUGUCAUUGCAGGCGAAAAGGACGCUGGUGACGUGUCAAGAGAGGAACUGAUUGAACGGAUUAAGAGGAGUCGAGAAAUCCAGCGAAAUCUACAGCGCCAGCUUGCGUCGGCGUCUGGGGAGGAUGGGAUAAGUGAGAUGGAGGAAAAGAAGAGCGACCCCGGUGGACGACGGGAGAUCGAGCAUGUCCGGGCUGUUGUCGGUCGGUGCCUUCAGGGGUUGAGUGCCGGCGUCGCGCUGCUUGACCAGCUUCUUGUGUUGCUCGAGGCAGAUAAGAAGCGCAUUGGCGUUGACGGUCGCAGCGAGGAAGUAGGUGCUUGGUGCCGUGUUCCGGUCCCGAACGCCACCAUCGAAGGCCCAUUCGCGGGAGAUGAUCGGACGUUGGACUGGUUAGAUCAUAUUUCGAUGUCGAUGGGAACGCUUGCGAUUUCGAACAAGCCAACGGGCGCUGGCGAUUGA